CAGUUGCCCAUGGGCUCUCUUGCUCUGUAGCUAUGAUGAACACCUAUUGUAUGCCCAGGCUGGUGUUCAACCGAGCACUUCAAAGAGAAAACUUCUAUCGGGUUUGGGGGUUCAGAGCAGCACUCAUCAAGGCCUGACAAGAAGAAAAGGUAGGCACCAGGGACAUUUGCUAGGAGAACUGAGAAAGAGUUUUACAGAUAGGGGAAGCGGUCCAAGCUGAGGACUCUUAAAGUGUAGAGCAACAGGAACCCUAGGGCUGAGCAGCAGACGGGGUAUUUGUUUACCCUGUGACAUAGACUGGUCCAGGAUAUUGUCCUAUCAAGCCACUAUACACAAUGAAUGCAGAACUUUGGGGACUGAUCCAAGGACACUAGUCUCUGGUGGUUCCCAGGUACCCCAAGUUCUGAGCCUAGCAGGCAUGAGAGAUGGUCAGGGAAUGGUAAGGUGGAGAAGUCUCCAAGGAGCAUCCCCUAGUGACUGGCCUGCUGAGGUCCAGAAAGCCUGUCCCUGGCCUGUCCCUUCUAAGGAAACCUUUUCCCUUUAAGAGAGCAAAGGUUGUUUAUACCCAGGGCGGUGGUGGCAGGAGCAGCUUACCUGCUUCCCGCCACCCGCCGCGGCGGCUGGGCAGGGUGCGGGAAGGGAAGAGCCCGCAUUCAACUGUGGACCUCAGAGAGACAGACCGACGGACGCUCGGCAGGCGGGUCGGACAACCCCGGGGGUCGUAGAGGCCCGGAAGCAGCGAGAGAGCGAGACUCCAAACUUGGAGAAAGGAGUGACCUGGGGGCCGGGGGCGGAGUCGUGAGCGGGGGAGGAGAGCGCCCGCGCCAGCGCCAGCACCAGCCAGAGGAGCGCGCCGGCCCAGGAAGCCAGAGCGCCGCCCACCCAUCCGGGGCGAAGCGCGCGGGGAAGCAGGCUGGGCCGGGGGCUGCCAGCCCCAACCCCCAAGGUGACUGCUCGGCUCCCAGCCCGGACCCAAGAUGAUGAAGAGGCAGCUGCACCGCAUGCGGCAGCUGGCCCACACGGGCAGCUCGGGACGCACCCCGGAGACUGCCGAGUUCUUGGGUGAGGACCUGCUGCAGGUAGAGCAGCGGUUGGAGCCUGCUAAGCGAGCAGCCCACAAUGUUCACAAAAGGCUGCAGGCCUGUCUGCAGGGCCAAAGUGGGGCUGACUUGGACAAACGGGUGAAGAAGCUUCCUCUCAUGGCUCUUUCUACCACGAUGGCCGAAAGCUUCAAGGAACUGGAUCCUGAUUCCAGCAUGGGGAAGGCCUUGGAAAUGAGCUGCGCCAUCCAGAACCAGCUGGCCCGAAUCCUAGCGGAGUUCGAGAUGACCCUGGAGAGGGAUGUUCUGCAGCCGCUCAGCAGGCUGAGCGAGGAGGAGCUGCCUGUCAUCCUCAAGCGCAAGAAGAGCCUUCAGAAGCUGGUGUCUGACUGGAACACCCUCAAAAGCCGGCUCAGCCAGGCAGCCAAGAACUCAGGAAGCAGCCAAGGCCUGGGUGGUGGCUCGGGCAGUCACACCCACAACACCACGGCCAACAAGGUAGAGAUGCUGAAGGAAGAAGAGGAGGAGCUCAAGAAAAAGGUGGAACAGUGCAAGGACGAGUACCUAGCGGAUCUCUACCACUUCUCCACCAAGGAAGACUCAUAUGCCAGCUACUUUAUUCAUCUCCUGGAGAUUCAGGCUGACUACCAUCGCAAGUCACUAACCUCACUCGACACAGCCCUAGCUGAACUGAGGGACAACCACAGCCAAGCAGACCCCUCCCCCUUGACGAUGGCCGCCCCCUCCUCCAGGGUAUAUGGGGUGUCCCUGAGAACCCACCUUCAAGACCUAGGCCGUGACAUUGCUCUGCCCAUCGAGGCCUGUGUCCUGUUGCUGCUGUCAGAGGGCAUGCAGGAGGAGGGCCUCUUCCGUCUGGCUGCUGGGGCCUCUGUGCUGAAGCGCCUCAAGCAGACCAUGGCCUCAGAUCCUCACAGCCUAGAGGAAUUCUGCUCAGACCCCCAUGCUGUAGCAGGAGCUCUCAAGUCCUAUCUGCGGGAGCUGCCAGAGCCCCUGAUGACCUCUGACCUCUAUGAUGACUGGAUGAGAGCAGCCAGCCUGAAGGAGCCAGGAGCCCGCCUGGAAGCUCUCCAAGACGUUUGUAGCCAUCUACCCCAAGAGAACUUCAACAACCUCAGAUACCUGAUGAAGUUCCUGGCACGGCUGGCGGAGGAGCAGGAUGUGAACAAGAUGACGCCCAGCAAUAUCGCCAUUGUCCUGGGACCCAACCUGCUGUGGCCUCCUGAGAAAGAAGGGGACCAGGCCCAACUGGAUGCUGCCUCUGUGUCCUCCAUUCAGGUGGUGGGUGUUGUCGAGGCGCUGAUCCAGAAUGCAGACACCCUCUUCCCUGGAGAUAUCAACUUCAAUGUAUCAGGCAUCUUCUCAGGCCUGGCCUCCCAGGAGAAGGUCAGUAGCCAACAGGUGUCCGAGGAGUUGCCACCUGCUGCUGUGCCUGCCCCAGCCGCUAUCCCAGCUCCCACUCCAGCUCCAGCCUCAAUGGCUGUCAAAGAAAGGAUAGAGUCUGAAUUGCCCAAACCAACUUCUCCCAAGAUCAGCAGGAGCUCCACAGAAACAGCUGUCUCACCAGAGGACAUGACCCGUAAGACCAAGCGACCAGCACCAGCCCGGCCUACCAUGCCACCUCCCCAGCCCUCCAGCUCCCGCUCGUCCCCUCCAGCUCCAUCCCUGCCCCCUGGCUCUGUCAGCCCUGGCACUCCCCAAGCUCUGCCACGCCGUCUGGUGGGCACCAGCCUCCGGGCUCCCACCGUCCCUCCCCCAUUACCCCCUGUUCCUCCACAGCCUGCCCGGCGCCAGAGCCGUCGUUUACCAGCCUCCCCUGUCAUUUCAAAUAUGCCUGCUCAGAUGGACCAGGGAGCAGCUAUAGAGGACAGAGGAGGCCCUGAGGCUGUGGGUGGGCAUCCCCCUCCCCCAGCUCUGCCACCCCAACCCCGGCCCAGGGGCCUCAUUUCAGAGACAGAUUAAGCAGGCCCUCCUGCCUGGCAAGUCCUCAGUGUUUCCCUUUCUCUCCUCCUCCCUCCUUUCUCCCAGGACAGCCCUCGCCCUGUGCCUAGGUACCUGCUGGGCUGGCCCCUUUGGCCAGGAGGGCUCAGGCCAGCCCUCUCAUUUCUGACCUUUUCCUCUUCCACUUUGAGCUUGGGGUUCCCACCUGACUCCCCACUCCUCUGGCAGGGUCUCAAGGGGGCUACCAGAAGGAAGAACAGACUUGCCUGUUCCUAGAGGACUUUUUAUUUUUCUCUUGCCAAUGUAUUUUUGUAAGGCUCGUAAAUAAAUUAUUUUUAACAAAACUGGA